CAUAAGUGCAUGCCGUAUUUAUGUGUGUGUUCACAUAAUGAUGAGAUGAUGUUGUCCGUCGCUCAGAUGCAGAUUUACUCCCACAUGUGAAAACAAAGAGAGUGUUUCUACACACACACAGAUGAAAGUUUAACAACAUCAGCUCGACACACAGACGCUCCUCGGACACUAGUGAAUCAAUCAUCCGUCAUGGCGAACACGAGUCUUCAGGUGAUGGGUCUGGUGCUGGGCAUCGCAGGCUGGGGUUUUGGGGUCCUGGUCUGCGCCGCCCCCUGGUGGCGUGUGUCUGCGUUCGUGGGGGACGAGCUGGUGGUGUCGCAGGUGCUGUCGGAGGGGCUGUGGAUGACGUGUCUGUCGGAGCGGGGCCGAUUGCAGUGUAAAGUCUACGACUCGGGCCUCGCGCUCUCAGGCUCCGCCCAGAUGUGCCGCGGCCUGUGCGUGUUGUCGCUGUUCCUGUGUCUGCUAGCGGUCCCGCUCAGCGUAACCGGGCUGAAGUGCACGCGGGGCCUCGGCGACGCUCACGAAGCCAAGGCUCGGAUGGCGCAGGUCGGCGCCGUGCUUUUCCUCAUAGCUGCGUUUUUCUUCCUAGUGCCGGUGUGUUGGACCGCGCACGUCGUGAUUCGGGAUUUCUACGACCCGAGUGUCGCCGCGCCGCUCAAACGUGAACUCGGACCUGCGCUCUACCUGGGAUGGGGCGUGACCGUGCUGAUGCUGGUGGGCGGGGCUGUGCUAUAUUUAGGCUCCGCGUCCCCGGGAGCUCCUGUUAUUCCUGUUUUUGGACGAGGAGGAAAAGCGAACCCUCCCUCCACGGCUGAGAGCAAACCGGAGAAAGUCUUUGUGUAAAAGGUGACAUCAACCUGGAAAACGUGGUCGCAUAAAAGGUUUAAUCUUCAGAAAUUCAGGAAUAUCAUAAUUUACGCACUGUCAUGUCAUUCAAAAACUGUAUGUGGUUAUUAUUCAAACCGGAGAAAUUCUUUGUGUAAAAGGAGCAAA